AUGCCGGAGCAAAGCAAUGAUUACCGUGUUGUAGUUUUUGGCGCAGGUGGCGUGGGUAAGAGUUCCCUGGUGCUACGUUUUGUUAAAGGCACUUUCAGAGAAUCUUAUAUACCCACUAUCGAAGAUACUUAUAGACAAGUGAUAAGCAGCAAUAAAACAAUUUGUACUCUACAAAUAACUGACACUACAGGAUCUCACCAGUUUCCAGCAAUGCAGAGACUGUCAAUAAGCAAGGGUCAUGCAUUUAUAUUAGUAUAUUCUGUAAGCAGUCGACAAUCAUUAGAAGAACUUAAGCCAAUAUGGCAGACAAUUAAAGAAAUCAAAGGAACUGAGUUGCCUAAUAUACCAGUUAUGUUAGCUGGUAACAAGUGCGAUGAAAGCCCCGAAAUACGAGAAGUUUCUGCAGCUGAAGGUCAAGCACAGGCUCAAGCAUGGGGUGUUUCAUUUAUGGAGACUUCAGCAAAAACCAAUCAUAAUGUUACGCAACUGUUUCAGGAACUUUUAAACAUGGAAAAGAACAGGAAUGUAUCACUUCAAGUUGAUGGCAAAGGGAAGAAGAAAAAAGACAAGAUAGUUAAGGACGGCGGUGAAGCGUCUGCUAGUGGUAGAGAAAAGUGUUCCAUUAUGUAA